ACUUCUUCUGUACCAUAGGUGGCUUCAGCCAGGAAGAACUGCUAAAAAUAUGGAAGGGCCUAUUCUACUGUAUGUGGAUGCAAGAUAAACCUCUGCUACAGGAAGAACUUGCAGACAAUAUCUCACAGCUUAUCCAUGUGAUUCAGAAUACAGAGGCUCGGCACCUGUUCAUUCAGACAUUCUGGCAAACAAUGAACCGUGAAUGGAAUGGGUUAGACAAUCUGCGUCUUGAUAAGUACUAUAUGCUAAUGCGUAAGAUUCUGAGGCAAUCCUUUGAAGUGCUGAAAAGAAAUGAAUGGGAUGAAAGUCUAAUUGAACUGUUCCUGCUGCUCCAAAUGAAAGAAGUUAUGGACCCAGACAGCAAUGCUCCCAUUGGGAUAAAGUUGCAUUUCAUUGAUAUCUAUCUGGAUGAACUGGCUAAAGUUGGUGCAAAGGAGCUCACAGCCGACCAGAAUCUCAAGUUCGUUGAACCUUUCUGCAAAAUUGCUGCCAAAUCAAAGGAUCGAUGUGUGCUGCAUGCCGUAGCCACUCGUAUCUUUGAGAUGAUUGUGGAUCAGUCUCCCUACGCCAUUGAGGACCUAAUGAAAGAACUGGGUAGCAACAAUGAUGAGGAAGAUGCGUCUGAAGAAGACAAACAGGAAAAUGAAGAGGUGCCUAAAACCAAAGCAGACAGACGUUUGUCAAGAAAAUCAGCACAGAACUCUGAAAAAGAAGAGGAUGUCUGUGAAAAUUCUGAUGAUAGUAUCGGGACUGUUCUUCAGUUUGAUUAUAAGGCCGUUGCUGACAAACUCUUUGAAUUGGCAAGCAAGAAAAAUACACCUUCCCUUAACAGAAAGCGUCUAUACAAGCUGGUCAAAAAGUUCCAGGACUUAGCAGAAGGAAUCUUCCCCCAAGAUUUUCCUGAAGAUGUUUCUACAGAUGAAGACGAUGAUGAAUUCAGCAGGGGAAAACGAAAGAAAAAAGCUGUCAAGCCUUGGGAGAAAAAUAAGUUAGAAAAAGUAGAAGAGGAUGAAGAGAUGUCAAGUGCAAAGGAGACAUCAGUUCCCCAGAAGAAGAGGAAAAAACGGAAGAAGAGGGACAGCCCAAAUGCUGAUUCUGGAACAGCUGAUGGAAAUUUUGAGGAGGGAGUAGCUGAAACAUCUGGAUCUAAUGUUUUUAGCCAGGGAAAGGUGCCAGAAAAUAACAAGGAAAGAAAGAAAAAGAAAUUGCUAGUGAAUGAGGCAAAUGAGACCACAAACGUAGCAAGUGACACCAGAGAAAGUCAUGGUAUCCCUGCGCAGAACAGUCCAACUGAUGCAGAACAGAGUAAACAGAGUCAGUUGAAGAAAAUGAAUCCAGAAGUGCAAAAUGUUCCUGUAAAACCAGCAUGUCAGAAUGGACCAGCAAAUGCCAGUGAGGCAGAGGAUGUCAGCCCAUCUGUCACACCUUUAACUCCUAAGGCUGUGAAAAAUAAACAGAAACGAGGGGCUGUCUUAGGGAAUGGGGACACCCUUUUUCAGCAAACUGACACGAAAUCCAACAAGGAGGGCUUGCUGAGGACCCUGUCAGGAGAUGCAGGCUCUGAAUCUGUGCCCUCCAGAAAGGUCAAAUUGAAGACAAAGACAAAGCUAGUUGGCUUGGAAGGGGUAAAAGUCUCCAGCCAGAAAGUAGCAACCUUAAAAAAGAAGAGAAAAGUAAAAGAGGUGCUAAACUCGGUCGAAGCCAAUGGGGUUCUGGAGGCUGCAUGCAAGAAAAGCAGGAAGGAGGAAAGCAGCACUGUUCUAUUACCAUUAAAGAAAAAGAAAGCAAAACCAGGAAAUGAUUUUGUAAAAUUUGAAAAAUCAACUUUACCAAAGCCAGUGUUCUUCAGGAAAGCCAGAAGCACCAUCUCUUCCCCCAGGGCAUCCAUGCAGCUGAACAAGCUGCAGUCGUCCAGCUCCAAAAAAGUCACGUUUGGCUUGAAUAAAAACAUGACUGCUGAGUUUAAAAAGACUGAUAAAAGUAUAUUAGUGAGCCCAGAAGGACCCUCCCGCGUGGCUUUCAAUCCUGAACAGAAACCCCGUCAUGGGGUGCUGAAGUCACCCGCAGGUACCCCAGCAGGAGAACCUCACGUGAAGAAACCACUUGCUAUGUCAGCUAAGAAAAGACCAACUGCUAUGGACUUAUUUUAAACCAAGAGAUGUGGCCUACUUUUGUACAGGACAUUUUGCUAACCUAGAAUGUUCUCUGGAGGUAUUUUGAACUUUUUUAUUUUUUUAAGUUAAUACAAAUUGUAUAUACAAAAUUCUGAUUGUGACCUGAGUCAUCACUAUUUUGACACCACUUCGGCUGUAUCUUGAAAUACUUGUUUUAUCUAUUUACAGAAAAGAAACAAAUUCC